UGCAUAAGCUAUAGUCAUGUGACAUUGUGCUGUUGCAGUUGGACCGGCUCCUGUUUUGGAGAACGUAAGGUCUUUCGUGCGUUUCAUGAUUUUUAUGCGAUUCGUGUUUAAUUACUGCUAGUGAUACCCCCCGUCUUGUGCAUAUCUUGAUUAUCAUCAGCGACGAUGGGUUCAACCCCAUUUCAUCGUCUAGCCCUGGUUCUUCCCCCGCUGCUUCUCACUGUUUAUCUCUUAGCCAGCUUCCCGCGACCACCUACUGUACCCAUCAUCCACACAUCCCUAGCGCACCUUCCGAGCUCAUCGCCAUCGUGGAAUGUAUACCCAGAGGACUUGUAUAGUGGAGGUUCAUACGCUAACCUACCUCUAGGACGGGUGCGAUAUUGGCUCAUAGGACCGGAGGACGGACAGCGUAUUGUUUUGAUACAUGGCCUUUCCAUCCCGGCCAUCGUCUGGAAAGACGUAGCACCUGUACUCGCCUCACGAGGAUACCGUGUACUUCUGUAUGAUUUAUAUGGUCGCGGUUACUCGGAUGCCCCCCAAGUAACUUAUGAUACCACUCUUCACACCACCCAACUCGCGCUCCUUAUGCAACAUGUCAAAUGGGAUAAUGCAUUUAUUGUUGGAUUGUCGAUGGGAGGUGGCAUUGCUACUGCAUUCUCAGCCCACUUUCCUCAUCUGGUGAAUGGAAAGGUCGCUCUUAUUGCUUCAGCAGGUAUUAUGGAGUCAAGCGAUAUCUCUCGUACCUCAAAAUUUAUGUCAACUCCCCUCGUGCAAACGGUGUCCGCCCUCCCACCUUUCCAACAUUACAUGCGUCUCCUUGCGAAUACCUCUAAAUCCUCGGAACUUUGUGAAACCAAUCCGAUACAAGAAAUUGUCCGUCUCCAAACCGCGCAUCUCCCUUACUACAACGCUGCUGUGGCAUCUUCCCUUCGCGACGGCCCUAUUCGUGGCUUACACUUUGCAUUCCAAUCACUCGCACGCUCUAGCAACCAAGUGUUGCUCAUUCAUGGCACGUCGGAUAAGACUGUCCCCUAUAAAUACGCUUCUAAGAUACACAGUCUCGUACCGCAAGCCGACCUUGUCACCAUCAGCGAUGGUGGCCACGAUCUCACUGUAACUCACGCACCCGAGGUGAACGCUUUGCUACUUCACUUUCUCGCCGACGAUUACUCGUACAAGCCUUGUGGAUGAGUACUUUUUACUUGAUAUACAGGGACUAAUACUUUCUUUGACGAUAUGUAUCUGCACCCGCGCACACAUGCUAUUCGCUACUCAUCGUCGAACGCUAUUUUUUUUCCAACGUAUGAUCUCUCUUGCAUCAUUCUGGACACCAUGCCCAUCACACUUUAUCCUCGUCUCAUGUUGUCCUCGCUAUUCAUCCGCGUUACGCUUUGGCUCUUUUCCUGUUUGCAUUACUAUACAAAGUCAUAUCUUGUAUUAAUCACAUUUUCCGGAAUAAAUGAAGCGCUUCCAAGUUAUAUGCAACAA